AUGGGAGAAAAUACAGACAACAAUAAAAUAAUUGACAACACUCUCCAAGAUGAAAACUUCGAGUUUAAAUACAAUUUUCUUAAUUUGCCAUGGGAUGACCGCACGAAUAAAAGUAAAGCUGGAAUUGUCACUCUGCUGAUCGCUAUAUUUGUAGCAACAAUGGCUUUGGUUGUAAAUAGUUUCAUACUGCAUUAUCGAGAUUUCCAGCACAUUAGGAAAUACUCAAAUCUUAGUGAAUCGUGCUUCCGAGUCAAAAUAGAUGACUACCGUUUCGUAGCAAGAAUUUAUUCUGUGGCUACGCAGCAAGUGUUAUGUAUCGGUGCAGUUUUGAGCAAGAGUUCAGUCCUCGUCAAUGGAGUAUGUGUGAAGUCUGGACCUAUACGAAUGUAUUUAGGCAGCAUGGCAAACCCGCGUUGCAAGAAAGGCUUUUCGAUCGACUUCUUCGAAUCGAUGCAUCACGAUGGAGUGUUUUCAAAAAGGCUAGUGCUCUUAUCCAGUUAUGAAAGUAUACAGGGGUGCUCAGAAACGAUAAAAAUCGGGAGCAGUUUGGACUGGACGCAAAAGGUUUACAUCCUCGGGCGACCACGCUCUGUUGGUAGAACUUUAUCGCGACAGCAUGUAUCUCUGGCUGGCAAAGAGUUCGUAGAUACGAAUACAAAUAAGCAUUUGUGGUCGAAUUAUACCAUAUGUGUCAAGGACCUGGCUCCAUGUCCAAUUCGUGCUGGUGAUCUGAUGCUGCAGAACGGGAAAUUAUUUGGCCUUGCAUCUACUAGCGUCCAGCGCUUCGGAAUAGCGUGUUUUGGUAAUCUAAGUCUUGUUAGCCGACAAUUAAAGGAGGUAGAUGCAGAUAUUGUUAUAGAUUAG